UUACUGCCCCUGAUGGCACAGUGCCCCAAAAAUGAAUACUUUGAUAAUUUGCUGCUCUCUUGUACUCCUUGUCACCUCCGGUGUUCCAGUGCACCACCGCCCUCCUGUGAAAACUACUGUGAGAAGAGUACUGAUUCAAGUGGAAUUCUUUGGAUUUGUUUGGGCAUAGGGUUGAUUUUAAUAAUCACUCUGUUUACCUUAAUGAUCUUGUUUAAAUGGAAGCACCUAAAGCAACUAAAAGAAAAACUGGAAAACACAGACUCCUCUGUGGAGCCGAAUAAUAUUCUCAAGGCUAAUACUGAAGGCAGUGUGAAUACAGAAGAAAUUAGACACACACUUCCAAGUGAAACAUUAAUGUAUUCAGUGGAAGAAUGCACUUGCAGUGACUGUGGCUUGGUAAAACCUCAGACUGGCUGUGAAACUUCAUUUCCAUUACCAGCUACUGAAGAACGAGCUACUGUUCUAGUUACCACCAAAUCUUUUGAUUAUUACAAUUACAUUCUGGGUAUUGGAUGACGGGGAGAGAAGUGUAUUUCUACUGAGCAAUAAUAAAUGAGUUAUUCCAGUAGAGCUGUAAACCUUAAUGCUUGCAGUAAGUGGAGACAGCAGUACACCAUCCUUAGAGAUCUCCCAUUGUGCUUGCAUUAAUAUUAUCAUAUUAUUUCUAAUUCUAGUAUUUCAUUAGUUAACUAUUUCUACAGUAUUCUCAGGCACUCAAUUACUUAUUGGAAUUUUUAGUUUCAGAAAGUCCUUACAUAGGACAGCUUUUUCUGCCUUUAGAGAUUGUACCUACUUACAACAGACAUAUACAAAAUAAACAACUUUGCAAAUA